CGGGGGCAUUUCAGGACCCUCUGGCAUCGGCGAAGAAUGUGCCCCACGAUUUCUUGCAGCAAGAUCUCGUGUGGUACAUGUCUACUAUACCCCAGGUGACAGCGACGACGGGGUUCGUGCCCACCGUCGUCAGCUUCGGCGCGGCCAUCGCUGCCGCGGCGUGCGAGGAGGGCGCGGGGUGGCGGCGGGCGCUGCUGCUGCUGAGGGAGCUCGUGGGCGCGAGGAUGGAGCCAGAUGUUCGCCCUGGUCUGUUACAGCACUGCCAUCGGCGCGUGCCAGAAAGGUGGCCAGUGGCAGAUGGCGGUGUCGUUGUUGUCCGCGCUGCAGGAGGGGAAGUUGGAGCCAGAUAUCGUCUGCUAUAACUCUGCAAUCGGCGCGUGCGAGAAAGGUGGGCUGUGGCAGCAGGCAGUGUCGUUGUUGAAGGAAUGUUUUGAAGUUAAGUUGCAGGGGGACGUCCUAAGCUACACCGCUGGAAUCAGCGCGUGCGAGAAAGGUGGGCAGUGGCAGCAGGCGCUGUCGUUGCUUCGGGAACUGUGGCGUGCGAGGUCUGAGUUGAAUGUGAUCUCUACAGCGCUGGGAUCAGCGCGUGCGAGAACGGUGGGGAAUGGCAGCAGGCCCUGUCGCUCCUGAGGGAGGUAUGGAGUACACGUCUCCAGCCUGACGUCGUGAGCUAUUGUGCUGCGAUCAGCGCGUGCGAGAAGGGGGCAGAGUGGCAGCACGCACUGUCGCUGCUCAACGAGAUGCGGAGCGUGAAGCUGGAGCUGGAAGUCGUCAGCUACAGUGCUGGGAUCAGCGCGUGCGAGAAGGGGGAGCAGUGGAAGCAGGCACUGUCGUUGGCCAGCGAGCUUUGGGGACUGAGUUUGGAGCCGGGCGCCGUCAUGUACAGCUACGAGGCUGGAGCCAGGGCGCUCCACAAGGGCGGGCAGUGGCGGCAGACGCUGUCGCUGCUCUCUGAGCUGUGGGGGGCCAGCUUCGAGCCGCACGACGUCAGCUACGGCUGCACCGCAGGGCUGAAGGCGCUCCAGAGGGCCGGGCAGUGGCAGCGCGCAAUCCGUCUGCUCAGCAAGCUGCGGGGGGCGAAGCCGGAGCACAACAUGGUCCUGAACUACAACGUCGGCAUGCACGCGUGCAGCGAGGGCGGGCAGGGCCCUCGCGUGGUGGCGCUCUUCGACGAGCUGCGGGCGUCGAGGCUGCAGCUGGACGCCAGCAGCUACGCGUCCGGGGUCAGCGCGUGCGAGGAGUGCUCGCUUCCCGUGGCGCUGUUUGGGGAGGCGGGCGACGGCCUUGCCGUCGCGAGGCUGGUCAACGCGCCGCCUGGACCAGCAAAGGAGCAUAUCGAUCGCG